CAGUUUUGGUUUCCUCGAGUGCUCACGAGCUUUACUUUUGGACACGAAAUGGAAGUUUCUUUCCAAGAGAUGGACAGCCUCCGGAAAGCUUAUGUCUGAUCUCAUCUCUCUCUCUCUCUCCUCUUUUUCUCUCCCUAGACAGCACAGCUCAGCAGAACUCCACAAAAACCAUACAGCACCAGCACCAGCACCAGCACCAGAGAGAGAGAAAGGAGAGAGAGAGGAGAGGGUGGAUGGAGGGGAGUCAGCCAUCCAUGUCUGACUCGGAGCUAAUCAUCCUCUGCCUCCUUCCCUCAAUCUUGGCUCUGCUUCUCGCCUCCAUCCUCAUCCAGAGGAGGCACCAGACCCGGUACAACAAGCUCAACCUCCCGCCCGGCCGCGCCGGCUGGCCCUUCCUCGGCGAGACCAUUGCCUACCUCAAGCCUUACUCCGCCACUACCGUCGGCGCCUUCAUGGACCAGCACAUCUCCAGGUUUGGGAAGAUAUACAGGUCCCAUCUGUUCGGGGAGCCGACGAUCGUGUCGGCAGACGCGGAGCUGAACCGGUUCAUCCUGCAGAACGAGGGGAAGCUGUUCGAGUGCAGCUACCCAAGGAGCAUCGGGGGGAUCCUCGGCAAGUGGUCGAUGCUCGUCCUGGUCGGGGACAUGCACAGGGACAUGCGGAGUAUCUCCCUCAACUUCCUCAGCCACGCCAGGCUCAGGACCGUCCUGCUCCGGGAGGUCGAGCAGAACACUCUGCUCGUAUUGAGCUCUUGGAAGGAGCACUGCACCUUCUCUGCUCAAGAUGAAGCCAAGAAGUUCACGUUCAACCUGAUGGCGAAGCACAUAAUGAGCUUGGACCCCGGCGAAAUGGAGACAGAGCAGCUGAAGAAGGAGUACGUCACUUUCAUGAAAGGGGUGGUGUCUCCGCCGCUGAAUUUCCCCGGAACCGCCUAUCGAAAGGCUUUGCGGUCCAGAUCGACGAUUCUGAAGUUCAUAGAGAGGAAGAUGGAGGGGCGGGUGCGGAGGAUGAAGGAAGGAGGAGCCGGGGAUAGCUCGAGGGAUGACGACGACCUGCUGGGGUGGGUGCUGAAGCACUCCAACCUGUCGACGGAGCAGAUCCUGGACCUGAUACUGAGCCUGCUCUUCGCCGGCCACGAGACCUCCUCGGUCGCCAUUGCUCUGGCCAUCUUCUUCCUGCAGGCCUGCCCCAGGGCCAUCGACCAGCUGAGGAAAGAGCAUCUUGAGAUCGCGAGAGGGAAGAAGAGAGCUGGAGAGACGGAGCUGAACUGGGAGGACUACAAGAAGAUGGAAUUCACCCAGUGUGUGAUUAGCGAGACGCUUCGGCUGGGAAACGUGGUGAGGUUUCUGCAUAGAAAGGCGCUGCAAGAUGUCAGGUUCAAAGGGUAUGACAUUCCAUGUGGAUGGAAAGUGCUGCCGGUGAUAGCAGCGGUGCACUUGGAUCCCCUGCUUUUUGACCACCCACACCACUUCAACCCUUGGCGAUGGCAGAACAAAUGCGCUUCUAACCCUCGAGGACAGUCGUCGUCUUCAACUUCGGCGUCUUCUUCAACAUGCCCAAAUGCAAAUUAUUUCUUGCCAUUCGGCGGAGGACCGCGGCUCUGCGCGGGAUCCGAGCUGGCUAAGCUCGAGAUGGCGGUUUUCAUCCACCAUCUGGUACUCAACUUCAGCUGGGAGCUAGCCGAGCCCGAUGAGGCCUUCGCCUUCCCAUUCGUCGACUUCCCUAAAGGCUUGCCGAUCAGAGUUCAGGGCCACACUUUGCUAUAAACCCCUUCACCCCUCCCCUACCCCUCACCCAAAAAGAAAAAGAAAAAAAAGAAGGAAAUUCAUUCAAGAAAUCAUUUCCAAAAAGAGUCUCUCUCUCUCUCUCUCUCUCUCAGCCUCAGGUUCUGUGGGUGGUGUUCACGUGCUGGAUACAGAUAGGAAGGAAGGAAUGAAGAAGAGAACAAAAGUGCCUCACGGUUGGUGAGCGAUAGGAUUUUUGAGCUCUUUGGAUUUCGCAGCAGCUUUCGUGUGCGAGUUGUUUCUUAACUCUACAUGUAAAAGCUCCUCACAUGACGAAAGGGAAGACACGGAAGAAGUCGUGCGGCGAUUGACGGUGAUGCAUCUUGGACCACAUCCCCACCGAAAUACAUAAUCCCUAAAAUCCACCACACACUCUCCACCCCCCCCUCUCUCUCUCUCUCCAUUGCUCUGUAAAUGUUAUUAUUGUAUGGGUAACUCCAUGUAGAGGUUGAUUAUUCAUUUGUAUGUGAUAUGAGUUUUCUUCUUUU